GGGGCCGCGAAGGAGGCAGGGCGGGCCGGGCGAACGGCGCCGCGGGGUUGGCUGCUGCCCUGAGGCCGGACUCAACGGAUUCGGGCCGCGCCACCGGGCGAGCUCGCCGCCCGGCCCCAUCCCGGAGCCAGCGAGCGAGCGAGGCGGCGCCGCGCGAUUUGCUUGUAAAUGCAUCACGAAGAGGCAACCCAGAAUGAAGAAAGCAAGCAGGAGUGUUGGCUCAGUGCCUAAAGUGUCUGGGAUAAGCAAAACGCAAACAGUAGAAAAAACGAAACCUGAAAACAGCUCUUCAGCAUCUACAGGAGGCAAACUCGUAAAACCUGGAACAGCAGCAUCGUUGUCAAAGACCAAGAGCAGUGAUGACCUCUUAGCUGGAAUGGCUGGAGGGGUGACAGUGACUAAUGGUGUUAAAGGAAAGAAAAGCACCUGCCCUUCCACAGCAUCUUCAGCAUCGGCCCCUGCCAUGACCACUGUGGAGAACAAAUCCAAGAUCAACACAGGCACCAGUUCUUCAACCAAGAGGAGCACUUCCAUAGGUAAUAAAGAAUCUGGUUCUACUAGAGAAAGAUUACGUGAGCGUACCCGGCUAAGCCAGAGCAAAAAACUACCUUCUGCGGGUCAGGGAGCUAAUGACGUGGCAUUGGCCAAGCGUUCCCGCAGCCGCACGGCUGCGGAAUGUGACGUUCGCAUGAGCAAGUCUAAGUCGGACAAUCAGAUCAGUGACAAAGCUGCCUUGGAAGCCAAAGUGAAAGAUCUUCUCACAUUGGCAAAAACCAAGGAUGUGGAAAUCUUACAUUUGAGAAAUGAACUCCGAGACAUGCGUGCUCAGCUGGGCAUUAAUGAGGAUCAUUCCGAGGGUGAUGAAAAAUCUGAGGAGAAGGAAGCCAUCAUUGCUCACCAGCCAACUGAUGUCGAGUCCACUUUACUGCAGUUGCAGGAACAGAAUACUGCCAUCCGGGAAGAACUCAACCAGCUAAAAAACGAAAACAGAAUGUUAAAGGACAGGUUGAACGCGCUGGGCUUUUCCCUAGAGCAGAGGUUAGACAAUUCCGAAAAACUGUUUGGUUAUCAGUCCCUGAGCCCAGAAAUAACCCCUGGCAACCAGAGCGAUGGAGGAGGGACCCUGACCUCUUCAGUGGAAGGCUCUGCCCCUGGUUCCGUGGAGGAUCUCUUGAGCCAGGAUGAAAACACCCUCAUGGACCAUCAGCACAGUAAUUCUAUGGACAACCUAGACAGUGAGUGCAGUGAGGUGUACCAGCCCCUCACGUCGAGCGAUGAUGCCCUGGACGCACCAUCGUCCUCAGAGUCCGAAGGCGUUCCGAGCAUAGAGCGCUCCCGGAAGGGGAGCAGUGGCAACGCGAGUGAAGUGUCCGUCGCUUGCUUGACAGAAAGGAUACAUCAGAUGGAAGAGAACCAACACAGCACAAGUGAGGAACUUCAGGCAACUCUGCAAGAGCUAGCUGAUUUACAGCAGAUAACCCAGGAACUGAAUAGUGAAAAUGAAAGGCUGGGAGAAGAGAAGGUUAUUCUUAUGGAGUCUUUAUGUCAGCAGAGUGAUAAGUUGGAACACUUUAGCCGACAAAUUGAAUAUUUCCGCUCCCUUCUCGAUGAGCAUCACAUUUCUUAUGUCAUAGACGAGGAUGUGAAAAGUGGACGCUAUAUGGAAUUGGAGCAACGUUAUAUGGACCUAGCAGAGAAUGCCCGUUUUGAACGAGAGCAGCUUCUCGGUGUCCAGCAGCAUUUAAGCAAUACUUUGAAGAUGGCAGAACAAGACAACAAGGAAGCUCAAGAAAUGAUAGGGGCGCUCAAAGAACGCAAUCACCAUAUGGAGCGAAUUAUUGAGUCUGAGCAGAAGGGUAAAGCAGCCUUGGCAGCCACAUUAGAGGAGUACAAAGCCACAGUGGCCAGUGAUCAGAUAGAGAUGAACCGCCUGAAAGCUCAGCUGGAGAAUGAAAAGCAGAAAGUGGCGGAGCUGUAUUCCAUCCAUAACUCUGGAGACAAAUCUGAUAUUCAGGAUCUCCUGGAGAGUGUCAGGCUGGACAAAGAAAAAGCAGAGACUCUGGCUAGUAGCCUGCAGGAAGACCUAGCUCACACCCGAAAUGAUGCCAAUCGAUUGCAGGACACCAUUGCAAAGGUAGAAGAUGAAUACCGAGCCUUCCAAGAAGAAGCUAAGAAACAAAUAGAAGAAUUGAAUGUGACAUUAGAGAAACUAAGAUCCGAGCUAGAAGAAAAAGAAACAGAGAGGAGCGACAUGAAAGAAACCAUCUUUGAACUUGAAGAUGAAGUAGAACAACACCGAGCCGUGAAACUCCAUGACAACCUCAUUAUUUCCGAUUUAGAGAAUACGGUUAAAAAACUGCAGGACCAAAAACAUGACAUGGAAAGAGAAAUCAAGACACUCCACAGGAGACUUCGGGAAGAAUCUGCGGAAUGGCGGCAGUUUCAGGCUGAUCUCCAAACUGCUGUGGUCAUUGCAAAUGAUAUUAAAUCUGAAGCCCAAGAGGAGAUUGGCGAUUUGAAGCGUCGGUUACAUGAGGCUCAAGAAAAAAAUGAGAAACUCACCAAAGAAUUGGAGGAAAUAAAGUCACGCAAGCAAGAGGAGGAGCGAGGCCGGGUGUACAACUACAUGAAUGCUGUGGAGAGAGACUUGGCAGCCUUAAGGCAAGGGAUGGGACUGAGUAGAAGGUCCUCAACUUCCUCCGAGCCAACCCCUACGGUGAAAACCCUCAUCAAAUCCUUCGACAGUGCAUCGCAAGUACCAAACCCCACUGCAGCCGCGAUUCCUCGCACACCUUUGAGUCCAAGUCCUAUGAAAACUCCUCCUGCCGCAGCUGUCUCGCCUAUGCAGAGACAUUCCAUAAGUGGACCAAUCUCUACAUCCAAACCCCUGACGGCGCUGUCAGAUAAGAGACCAAACUAUGGGGAGAUCCCUGUUCAAGAGCAUCUAUUAAGAACAUCCUCAACCAGCCGACCCGCUUCUCUGCCGAGAGUACCUGCCAUGGAAAGUGCCAAGACCAUCUCAGUGUCUCGGCGAAGUAGUGAAGAGAUGAAACGAGACAUCUCUGCACCUGAGGGAGCGUCGCCGGCCUCUCUUAUGGCUAUGGGAACCACAUCUCCACAGCUCUCCCUGUCCUCCUCUCCCACGGCUUCUGUUACCCCCACCACCCGAAGUCGGAUAAGGGAAGAAAGGAAGGACCCUCUGUCAGCAUUGGCGAGAGAAUAUGGAGGUUCAAAGAGGAAUGCUUUGCUGAAGUGGUGUCAGAAGAAAACAGAAGGCUACCAGAAUAUUGACAUUACAAACUUCAGCAGCAGCUGGAAUGAUGGACUGGCUUUCUGCGCUCUCCUGCAUACGUACCUUCCGGCCCACAUUCCGUAUCAAGAGCUGAACAGCCAAGAUAAGCGAAGGAACUUCACCCUGGCCUUCCAGGCAGCCGAGAGCGUCGGCAUCAAAUCCACACUGGACAUUAAUGAGAUGGUGCGGACUGAGCGGCCUGAUUGGCAGAGCGUCAUGCUCUACGUGACCGCAAUCUACAAGUACUUCGAAACCUGAGCACACCGGAAGGACUCUCCCCGUUACCAAGUGACACCGACGCCAUUAGCUACGCACCCCGUAAAGCUUUCAGCGACUCUCUGGGCCGCCCCGCAGCGUGUGAGCCUUCAGCCGGGGCCUCUGAGUCAGGAGAACUCGGGCCUCCAUGGCCCCCGGCUUGCAUCUGGCUCCGCGCACAUGACCCGUCGGCGCACACACGCUGUUUGCUGCCAGAGUUUUUUUCUGAAGAGAAUAUUGAACUCCAUUAGUGCCGUGGGGUGUAAAAACCAGCUCAUGCACGGCUCAACUCGGGAAAGGGGCUGAAACUCUGGGGGCAGCUCACGGGGGGUUAGUGAAAGCUUUAGCCACAGCGCUUCUUGACUACUCGCCGGUGCGGCUUCUGGCACCCGUGAGAACCAGGCCGGGGACUCGGCGCCUGGCAGAGGUGCCUGGAGAGCAGGCCGCGGCCCUGGACGUGGAGGGCCAUGGAGUGCAUCACCACGGCAGUGGGGCAGCCACUGAUUUCCACGUGGCAGGGCUGGCCUGGCCCGCGUGAUUUAGGUGUUUACAGUUUGAGCUAACAGAUGAUCGUGUCUCAAGUUCCCGGCUGGUGGCGUCCGCUGCUGCUGAAGGGUUGGUUUUGCGGCUGGGCCCCCGUCGAGCAGAGGCGGGCCCCCUGGCCUCGCCGCUGCCAACCUGUCCUUUAGCCUGGAAGGGGCAUGGGAACCCAGCUCUGACUUUAGGUUUCUGGACAAAAGAAUUGGUCAAAAGGAGUUCUAGUUAAAAAAAGUUUUUUUUUCUUAUGAGCAAUAUUGGGGGAAAAUACCUCCUGUUCUGUUAGUACCAAAGUUAAAUUGUCUUAGUAAACAUAGACAUAAAACAAAA